GUUGAGCGUGGUCCUACCGCAGCCCCCUGGCCCUUGCCCGGCCCCUGCCCACCCGCGCGUCCCCUCCGGCCGCAGCUGUCUAUGGCGCAGCCCCUCUCCCUGGAUCAUGCACAGAAACUUUCGAAAGUGGAUCUUUUACGUGUUUCUCUGCUUUGGCGUCCUCUACGUGAAGCUCGGAGCAUUGUCAUCCGUGGUGGCCCUGGGAGCCAACAUCAUCUGCAACAAGAUUCCUGGCCUGGCCCCACGGCAGCGUGCCAUCUGCCAGAGCCGACCCGAUGCCAUCAUUGUGAUCGGGGAGGGGGCGCAAAUGGGCAUCGAUGAGUGCCAGCACCAGUUCCGAUUUGGCCGCUGGAACUGCUCCGCCCUGGGCGAGAAGACGGUCUUCGGCCAAGAGCUCCGAGUAGGGAGUCGAGAGGCUGCCUUCACAUACGCCAUCACAGCUGCGGGAGUGGCACAUGCCGUCACUGCUGCCUGCAGCCAGGGCAAUCUGAGCAACUGUGGCUGUGACCGGGAGAAGCAAGGCUACUACAACCAGGCGGAAGGCUGGAAGUGGGGGGGCUGCUCAGCUGACGUCCGCUACGGCAUUGACUUUUCCCGGCGCUUCGUGGAUGCUCGGGAGAUCAAAAAGAACGCCAGGCGCCUUAUGAACCUUCACAACAAUGAGGCAGGCAGAAAGGUUCUAGAGGACCGCAUGAAGCUGGAAUGUAAGUGUCACGGGGUGUCAGGCUCCUGUACCACCAAAACCUGCUGGACCACGUUGCCCAAGUUCCGCGAGGUGGGCCACCUGCUCAAGGAGAAGUACAACGCAGCGGUGCAGGUGGAGGUGGUGCGAGCCAGCCGCCUGCGCCAGCCCACCUUCCUGCGCAUCAAGCAGCUGCGCAGCUACCAGAAGCCUAUGGAGACGGACCUGGUGUACAUCGAGAAGUCGCCCAACUACUGCGAGGAGGACGCGGCCACGGGCAGCGUGGGCACGCAGGGCCGCUUGUGCAACCGCACCUCGCCCGGGGCCGACGGCUGUGACACCAUGUGCUGCGGCCGCGGCUACAACACGCACCAGUACACCAAGGUGUGGCAGUGCAACUGCAAAUUCCACUGGUGUUGCUUUGUCAAGUGCAACACGUGCAGUGAGCGCACCGAGGUCUUCACCUGCAAGUGAGGCUCCCCGCGCAGGCACGCUCGGCGCCUGCCUACCCUGCGGCCCUCGCCAUUUUGCACAUCCUUCUUUGCUUCCGGAGCUGCCAGUUACCGGCACAGGAGGGUGGAGAUAGGGGUGGGGAGCUCGAGAUCCUCCAGGCUCCUUCCUACCCGCUCUGUCCCCAACAUCCAAGCAAUGGUGGUCUGGUACCCAAUGGAGACAAAUCCCUUUACUUCUCUUUGGGAAAGUGAACUUCAAAGCGACCACGAGACUCUGAGGGUUACCUCCCUGCCUGGUGACUGGACACAGAAAGGUCACACCCACCAGUCACACUCAAAACUGUUUCCUGGGCUGUUUCCUGCCGGCCCUGGGCAGUGUGGAUGGAUGUUGACAAAAUUAUUUAUGUUUUCUUAGCAUCAGAAGAGGACUCAGUACUAACUAACGACUGGGUAGCCAGACCUAACCCUAUUUGAGGAUGCCUCACCACCAUCUCCUUUCCCUCACUUCCCCUGGCCCCUCCCUGCAGGGUCCUCUGCUCCUUGCAGAACUCAAGGAUGUCAGAGUUGGCAUGGAGGCUGGCUGGUGGGGGGGACUCCUUAUCAGCACCCUGGGAGGGACUUGGUGACCCUACAAGGCCUGAGAUGGCCGCUGAGGACAGCCCAUGUUCCAUUCCAUUUGGAGACUGUCAUGCAAAUCAGAUGUGACUUGUGUCAGGCUCCAGGCACGCCUCUUCCUCUCUCUUCACCCUCCCAGCCCGCUGCCAACCUUCACCACCAGUUUACAAAUUCCCUUCUCCUCUGGAGCCAACCUGAC